AUGGUUCUUUUCCGUAUUUGCAAUCCGUACAUAGACCCGGAUGAGCUCCCAUCCACUCGAACAAUUCCCCCACAGCAACCAGGACAACAUGAGCAUCUGCUCCGCCAAAGUAUCAUUGGAAAAGUAUUUCCUGAGGAUGUCUUUCAAGAGAUCUUAAAAUACCUUCGUGGAAACGUCAUGACGGCGAAGGAAGCUAAAAAUCACCAAGAAACCUUAAUAAUGGAGAGGGGGUUUAGACUGAAGGAAGGUCUGUAUUAUUGGUAUUGA